UCAUCUCUUCAUUCAUCAACUAAAAGACAAUCAAAAGGGUGGCGUUAAUUGUCUUCAUUAUAAAAGUGAUUAAAGUUUUAAUUGUUCGAGUUAGUUGGUGAUACGAAUUUCUUUCGUUAAUUUAGUUACAUUGUUUCCAAUUUUCUCGUUUCCAGUUAUCCAAAUAAAAUGGAAAACUUAUCUUUCGGUUUGUUUUCUUUUGCUCUUUUGUUAUGUUCAUUGUCGUCAAUUAUUGCGAGUGAACCAACGGUUGUCACCAAUGGUACAACGGAAAUAACGGGCUGUCGAAGUCAAAUCGUUGAAACUAUUCCCGUUGGUUUGGUUUUCCCAAGUUACAAAGGUCCAAUUUUUAACUCGACGAUAUCUUCAUGGCUUGAACUUGUCUCUUCCGCUAAAUCAUCAAUCGAUAUUGGUUCGUAUUAUUGGACUUUAAUGUGUAGCGAUGUUGAAAAUCCAAUCAAAGAAAGUUGUCAAGUCGGUGAAAGUUUUGUUAACGCUUUAAAAGAAGCAAUUAAUCGAGGUGUUACUGUGAGAAUCGCUGUUAACGGGAAUGAUAAUAAAACUGCCGCUGAUCCUGAUUUACAGUUACUCAAAAAUGCUGGUGCUCUAAUUGCUAACCUUGACUUUGAUCGGCUUAUUGGUGCUGGGAUUUUACAUACCAAGUUUAUUAUCGUUGACAAUAUGAGUUUUUACUUGGGAAGUGCUAACAUGGAUUGGCGCUCGUUGACUCACGUUAAAGAGCUUGGUGUUUAUAUUCAAAAUUGUCCCACCUUAGGAGGUGAUUUAGCUAAAGUUUUUGAUGUUUACUGGACUCUUGGACAAUCAAAUGCAUCGAUUCCUGAACAAUGGCCUAAUAAUUUGGCAACAUCAAUUAACCUCGAAAAUCCCGUUAAUUUAACACUCGAAGGUAACACAGCUAAGGUUUUCAUGGCCAGUGCACCACCUCAAUUCAGUCCUAGAGGACGAACGGGUGAUAUUGAAGCUGUUCUUGAGGCCAUUAACACCGCUAAAAGAUUUGUUUACAUCGCUGUGAUGGACUAUUCUCCAACCUUUUUGUAUGGAUCGAAACCCGAAUAUUGGCCAGUUAUCGAUGACGCUCUUCGUAAAGCAGUAGUCGAAAGAGGUGUUGAAGUUAAAUUUCUGGCCGCUAAUUGGACUCAUACAAAAUACACUUCAGUACUUUUCCUCAAGUCUCUUAAUGAACUCAGUCGAUAUCCUGGUAAAGGCGCUUUAUCGGUUAAACUGUUCACCGUUCCAGGUACCGAUGAACAACAACGGAUUCCCUAUGCUCGAGUUAAUCACAACAAAUACAUGAUAACUGACCAAUUGCUUUACAUUGGAACUUCGAACUGGUCAGCUGAUUAUUUCGUCAACACCGCUGGAGUUUCAUUUGUCGCUUCUUUCGCCGAAGUGAAAAAAGUCCGAAAUCUUCGUAAAGAUGUUCUCGAUAUCUUUUAUCGCGAUUGGGAUUCGACUUAUGCCUCUUACGUAAACAAAUAUUCUGGUAAACGACGAUCAAAAUAAUCAACUAAUCAACAUUUUUACGAUAAUCAAAUGAUCAGUAUUUUCUUAAAUUGUCACAACAAUUAACAAUCUUUCAAUUUUCUCAUCUUUCUCUCAUAUUAAGAUUUUCUGUUUCAAUUAAUUUGAUCAAUUUUAAGAUGUAAAUAUAAUUCAAUUGAUUGUAACACUUAAUUCAAUUUAAUUAACAAACAAAAAAAGCAAUUUAAACAUCACAAGAGCCAAUAA